UCUGUCUGAAGCAGCGCCACACUAGAGCCCUAAUGAGCAGGCUGAGAGCAACCCAACGCAGAUCUCCCAUCAGCUGAAGAGCAGCAGCAACUCUGACGGCAUCUGAGGCAACAAGACGCGGAACUGAUCUGCAGUCAGCAGGGAGGCAGCUGUAGAAAGCAAAUGACAUCCCAGGAAAAGGCGUGGGAGAGGUUGUGAAGUGUCUUCAAAGGCAAAUUAGCAGUCAAUUGAGAGACUGGAGAGGAGAGGAUUGGUCCAGUGUGAUCGCUAACCUUCCGCACUCCGAGGCAGACUCUCACUCCACUUUUCUCUUCUUGAGCCGAAGGACCUCGCCACUUCACCGGAGGAGCCCAGCCAUGGAGGAGAUGCUCACCUGCAGCCGAAGCCCUUUCUCCCAGGUGUUUGGGCGUCAGGGUCAGCUCAUGCAAGCCACUGUGCAGUCUCUGAACAGCUUGAAUGACCAGAUUGCAAACUUCAUGGUGACUGGACCCAAGUCCGUAGAACAGGAGGAGCAUGCCUUUCCCCCUCCUGAGAAGGAGACGCUGCAGAAGUCCAUGACCCUCAUGAGGCACCUCCUCGUGGAUGCUCAGGCAAAAAUCCUGAAAAUGAUGGAUGACAACAAGCAGCUUGCCCAGCGCAUCGAUGGGGCCAUUCAGUCAGCCAGCCAGGAGGUGACCAACCUGCGGUCAGAGCUGAGCGCCACCAGCCGCAGACUGGCCGAGCUGGGAGCGACGGACUCUUCUGCCAGCGUGCUUGAGACCCUGCAGCACAACCACAAUGAUCCCUCUCCCCACCAGAGGCAGAAGCCCCCGGCUACCGAACUCUGUUACAAGACUGAAAUCAGCAGUCUCAUGGACUUCAAUUCUCCAGAUGCCUCUCUGGACAAAGUUCUGCUGCGUGAAGAGGUGGCCCAGCUCCAGGAAGAGGUGCACCUGCUGCGGCAGAUGAAGGACAUGUUGAAUAAGGACCUGGAGGAGACCCAGGGAGGUUGCUCGGCUGACGUGCUCUCUGCCACUGAACUCCGUGUGCAGCUGGCGCAGAAGGAACAGGAGCUGGAUCGAGCCAAGGAGGCUCUGCAAGCCAUGAAGUCGGACCGUAAGCGUCUGAAAGCAGAGAAGGCAGACCUGGUGAAUCAGAUGCAGCAGCUUUAUGCCACAUUGGAGAGCCGAGAGGAGCAGCUCCGUGACUUCAUACGCAACUAUGAGCAGCACAGAAAAGAGAGCGAGGAUGCAGUAAAGGCGCUGGCCAAAGAGAAAGACCUCCUGGAGAGAGAAAAGUGGGACCUGCGGCGGCAGACCAAGGAAGCCACGGAGCACACGGGGAUGCUGCGGUCCCAGCUUGAUCUCAAGGAGAACCGCAUCAAGGAGCUGGAGGCUGAACUUGCCAUGAUGAGUAACUGUGUCAAUCAGAGAAUGGAGUUCCGGGUGUUUGAGCGCCUUGUGGACAGGGACUACUCUCCUAGGGUCAUGGCGGCGAAACAGUCGCUAGCCACCCUGACCAAGGAUGUGCCCAAGCGCCACUCGUUGGCCAUGCCCACGGAGGCGGUUGUCAAUGGAAACAACCAGGAGUGGGUGAUGCAGGCCGAUCUCCCUCUGACUGCUGCCAUCCGACAGAGUCAGCAGACCCUCUAUGUCCACACGGGGCAUCCCGCUGACAGGCAAGUGGCUGCCGUGCGGGUGAGCCCGUGCCACUCGCGCCAGCCCUCCAUCAUCUCCGACGCCUCUGCGCUGGAGGGAGACCGGUCGUCCACACCCAGCGACAUCAACUCGCCGCGCCAUCGGACUCACUCCCUCUGCAAUUCCCUAGAAGAUCUGGAGGAGGCGAAGCGUAAGAAGAAGAAAGAAAAGAUGGGGCUGGGGUCUCUGUCGCGCGUCUUCGCCCGAGGAAAGCAACGCAAGUCCCUCGACCCCGGUUUGUUUGAUGACUCGGAUAGCCUCUCCAGCCCCACUCGCCUCAGCCUGUCAGACGGGUCAGAGGACCAGCUCGACCGUCUGCAGCAGGUGGAGCUGGCCAGGACAACGCCCAUGUCUCUGUGGAGGGCAGGCACCGUGCAGGCCUGGCUGGAGGUUGUCAUGGCGAUGCCCAUGUACAUCCGCACCUGCUCAGAAAACGUCAAAAGCGGCAAGGUUUUACUGGGGUUAACGGAUGAAGACCUGGAGCUGGGUCUAGGUGUCAGCAAUUUGAUGCAUCGUCGGAAACUCCGCCUGGCCAUUGAAGAUUACAGAGAUGUUGAGAACGGCAGAGGGCUGUCCAAGGCUGCGGAUAUGGACCACCACUGGGUGGCAAAAGCCUGGUUAAGCGAUGUGGGUUUGCCUCAGUACUCCCAGGCAUUUCACAAUCACUUGAUAGAUGGGCGGGUCCUGAACUCUUUGACACGUCGGGACCUCGAACGUCACUUAAACAUCACCAAGAAGUUCCAUCAGGUCAGCUUGCUGCUAGGCAUCGAACUGCUGCAGUUGCUUCAUUUUGACAAGGAGGCAUUACAGGCUCGCCGGAUACAGUGCGAGCACCACAAUGUGGAUCCUCUGGUAUGGACCAUGCAUCGGGUCAUGAAAUGGAUCAGAGAUAUUGACCUCAAGGAGUUUGCUGAGAGUCUCCUAAACAGUGGCGUUCAUGGGGCUGUCAUGGUGCUAGACCCCACUUUCAACACUGACACGAUGGCAACGGUGCUAGGAAUCUCCAGCAGCAAACACAUGGUUCGCCGACACCUUGUGGAAGAGAUGAAAACACUAAUUGGCCAAUCCAGCGUGGAUGCCAAACAGGAAUACGAGCAUUUAGGUCUGGGGACACCACCUGUCCUCCUUCGUCAGAACUCUUUGGGCAGACCUCCCACCUCUACUGCCCGGCACACCGAUGAAGAAGGCUCACUGAGAAGGAGGGCUGUGAAGCCUCCAGCAGGAUUUAGUCCCAAAGCUCGCAAUGGGCGGGACUUGAGUUGCCAUAGCAGCUAUGGCUCCCUGCCUAGAGAGGUUCGAGAUCACACUCCGCCCAGGGCAGAAGGAAGCCCCAUCCGUGGUUACACCAGCAUCGAGGUCACCAAUGUGUGAUGUUAUCAGAGUUCUACCAAUACCAGUCAUUCACUUCAUGACAAUGUACAACAUGGACAUUUGUCAUCCAUGUGCACGCAAACAUGGGAUGGUGAUUUUUUUUUUUAUCUUAAAAUGAGCCUUUACAGGGCAGCUUGCACUUUGUAACAAGGAAAAUGUUGUUUUUUUGUUGUUGUUUUUUUAACAAGUUUCCUGUUUUUUGGGGAAGUUUUAGCAUCUUUGAGGACAGUAAGCGCCCCUCCCCCAACGCCAGAAUUAAGAUGACUAUGAACGACUCGAGCUAUAUAUUUUUCUAUUCUUGUGUGUACACCAGGAGGUAACUAACUGAAAUGUUUUUUUUUCUUCGUUUUUUUUGACUAGUGAGGGAAAUGACUGUUUGUCUUAUACAGAGCACUUGAUGACAAAAUGUAAAAAAACAAAGUUUCAUAUUUCGUAACCGUGUAAGUGGCUCUUGUGUCAUUCAGUUCUGCCAUUUGUGAUGCCUUGUCAAUGUGACUUAGCAUUAAAAAAAAAAAAACAACUUAAAAAGACUUGAACUGAAUUUAAAAAUUUUAGAAUCUAUGUUUGAUAGUCAUUUUUCAUCUCGCACAUUUACACUGUUCUGUCAAAGCAUAUGUAGCACCUCUUCUGAUGUUUUAUACUGUGCAGUAAACAUAAAAUAUCUGAGCAAUGCCAACAACAACAAAGAAAAAGAUCGCUGAGCUGUGAUGUGUGAGCGUGUAUUUUUUUGUGAAAAGGAAAGUGCUCACUGAAAUGAAAUAAAGAU